AGGGAAUGGUGGGGUUGGAAAGAUUCCACAUCAAAUACUUGAAGAAGAAGCAGUUGUGGACUAAAUUUCAGCUUAAGUAAAUUUGCUGAGGAGAUGGACCUGAGGGGGCUGGAUGUCUGCCAUCUUAGGGAAGAUCAAUCCCAGCUGCUCCUGCCUCUAUGGUGCCUUGGGACAUGGUUUAUGUCAUUACCAUUUGAAGUUGGCUCUGCUGAGAGUUCUAGAGUGAUUGGACGGCAGAUCCGGGAAACGGUCCUGGCGGCUAGCGGGUGAUGAGAACCGCCGACAGACCUUGCAAAUUCCAGACAGGUUGAUUCUCGUGGUACACCGGCAUGCUGGUUCCCAAGGUUCCCAGGCCUUCCUCUGCUGCCCCCUUCUGAUACUGGAAACUACUAUCGGGGGUAUUCACAGUGCCUAAAGCGGACGUGGGAGUAGGAACGAGAGAUCAUCAAAUCAGCUCCUCUAAGUAGAAACCGCAGAGUUUCUGCCCGACUGCAGCAGAAGAAACGGAAUGGAGACCCAGAGAUAGAAAAUGCACCGGCAGUCAGCGAGAAAUGCAACUCCGAGGCACCGGGAGAAUUCGGAAUCGGUAAGACCUCGGAGAGGCACCGGGAUAGUCAGGGCUUGACGGCUUGACAUGCCUCUCUCCAAGAAUAUAUAUUCUUUUUGACAGCCAGCUUCUCGACCUAACUCUUCAGCCGGCGCAAAGAAGCUGUUCACAGAGAGUAAUCGGCCAUGUCUGGUGGUUUGGAGAAGGCCUGUCAUCGCUGCAUCUCGAAAAUAGCAAGCAAUGCUUGCUUUAUCUCUGCACUCCUGGCUUUUCUGGCACUGCCGCUGUCCAUGGCUUUUACAGGAAUUAAGUUUUUGGAGGACUGUCCCAUUCAGCCUCUCAUCCCCCUGUAUUUGCUGGUGGGGGGCAUCGUUGGCAGCUUAAAGGUCUCCCUCCUGCUGUACGACUCCAACCGGAUGAGGCAGCUGCUCUCCAAGUCCAUCGUGAUAGAUGACGACGACGACGAUGAGUAUCCGUGGCGCCAGAACGCUCACAGAUACUACGUCCACCUCGUCCUCAGCCUCUUCCUCUUUCUGUGGUUCAUAAUGGGCAAUUACUGGGUCUUUUCCAUAUACCCGCCCGACUUCAUCCCCCCUUUCCACCGGCCCCAGGACUACUGUGACAAAACCCUGUACAUCUUUGCGGUCGGUGCCCUCUCCCUCAGUCACGCUGGGCUGUGUCUGCUUGUCUGUUGCAGCUGCUGCACGUAUCUCUUUUCGAAGCGGAGCGAGGCCCUCGGCGGGGACUAAGAGUCACCCCAAGAGUCUGCACAGGAACAAAGAGACUUCUAGUGAAAAUGCAGAGGCGAUUUAGUCUCGGGAAGACCACAUCUCGCGGGGAAUCAGGAAAACCGAGCUUGGUUCUAGCCCGUUUUGCUGAGGUAUUUUAGAGAAGGCACUGAAUUUCUCCUUGUAUCACAGGUUUCCACUGAUAAGAGGAAGGUGGUGUCCACCGCACUUGAGCAGGUUUCUGGGGAUUUUGCUGAGCUGAGUGAGAAAGUGAAUUCACCAGAGGAAAGAAUGCAAUAGCUGUGCCAAAUUACCAGAACAAUGAAGUCUGUAAAAUACCAUACUUGAAGUGUCUUUAAAACAAGGAACUUGAUUGCUCGAAAUAGGCACGGCCUCUAAUCAUUUGGGCAUCUAAAAGCUCCUCGAGAAAUUCCAUUGCUUUAUAAAUGGCCCACUGUGGCAAAAAUCCCAUCAAAUUAGAAAAGAGGGUGGACCGAGGUGGUUAUAUGGAAGGGAGGAGAAUGGGGGAGUCACUGGGGGUUUUUCUAAGGAUUGAGAUGCUGGGGCCCCUUUGGAGAAUUUGUCGGCUUUGAAGAGGUAGAGACUUGGUUGCCUAUGGUGUUAUGAGAUUACGUAUGAGAUUAGAGUGAAAUAACAAUUAGCCUCAGAAGUCUCCUUAUGCCAGCAAUACUGCCUCCCCCUCACCCCAAAAUAUGGGUACCGUGUACCCUAAAACCUGAUCCUCUGGUGGUAGUCGCAGUAGCCGCGGAAGUGUGCUGGGAGUAGUAAUAGCAGAGGUAUUAAGCUCCUUGUGGGCAGAGAUUGUGUCGACCUACUGUACUGUACUAUUUCAAGAGGUUAGUGCAGUGCUCUGCACACGAUAUGUGCUCAACAAAUACCUUUGGUAGCGGUGUUUAUUAGGCACUCAUUUGGUGUGAUGCACUGUACUAGAGGCUUGAGAAAUCGAAACUAACGAACCGACUCGUUCCCUGCCUACUAAGAGUUUACACUCUUCUAGGGGAGACAUUGAAAAAAAAAAUUGGAGCAGACCUUUGUAUUUAAAACAUCUGGCCUUUUUAAGUACACACACACACACUCUGUCUCUUGGCCUUUUAAAAGAAAAGCAUCCCUGGUUUCAUUCAUUCAUUCAA